AUGAGCUUCCAAAAUAAUCAAAACGGCUCAAUGAGCACCCAACAGGGUUAUAUGACAAAUCCCUCCCAACCAACACCUCCCUCUAAUGGAUCCCAGUUCGCUUCGGAGUGUUCGAAUCAAUUUCGUGGUCAUCCAUAUCAAGGCUAUCCAAGUCAGGAAUGUGCUUCGGAUAUGCCAGCCCCAAAUGUGUCUGUCAGCCAGCCAAGUCAUGGACAGACCUUGACAUUAAAUCAAUUACUUCUCCAAAAUAAUUCCCCUGGUCCCCAGUCAAAUCUUGCUCCAGCAGCAAUGUCACCGAUGGGCCAACCCAGUGGAUAUAGAUAUGAUCCCUAUGGAUAUAUGCCAAAAUCUGGCCAACAGCAAGAUGGAAAUGCGGAUCUGACAUCUACUCAGGAGAAUAUGCUACGAUCUUCACGUGCUAAUACCCCACAAGAAGGCGGUACUUCAACGGCAUCAGAUCAGCAGAUGGAUUCGUCCUCGACAUGUCCGCCUUCCAAAGCUCAACCAAAUAGAACAGCACCACAGCAACAGCCCCAAGGCGGACCCUCUCCAUUACCCCCUAAUUACCCACCUCAACAAGGUGGCAUGUCUAUUCGACCUCCAGGCAACUUUCCUCCACGCCCUGGUUAUCCGCCUGAGUAUAACCAAGAUCCCUAUGGAGGACCUUAUCCUCCAAUGCAGAGGUACCCCCCACCUCAGCAAUCUCGUUAUUCAAAUCCUGGAAGUUGUUACUCAAUGAUGCCCCCACCACCUCCCCCGAACGCCGGUUAUCCUUCCUCUGAGUAUUCACAGAAGAUGUGGCCCUCUUAUCCUACAAAUAUGAUGCAACCAGAUCAUCCAUCGAAUUACCCGCCUCAGAGACCAUCUUAUCAACCACAGCAAGACAUGUUUGGUCGGGGCCCCUAUCCUUCUGGUCCUCCUCCAAUGGCCAACGGAGCAUCACCAACCCCUCCUAGGGGACCAACACAAACUCAUAUGCGGUAUCCUCAUCCUCCAGAUCAUGGUGGCGUCAUGCCUCAACCACCUACUCAUGUUCUUUCAACUCAACAACAACAGGAUCAAUCUCCUGUCGUUUUCCCAACCCUUUCUUCUCAGCAACCUCAGUCAAAUAGGCCUGAAACCAGAGAUGAUUCGAGGGUAUCUUGUUCCGGUGAUCAAAGUAGUGCUGGAGAACAAGGCAUGCCACCACGUCCAUCUUCGUCUUCAUCCGCCCGAACUGGGCCCCCAAAUUCACCGAAAAAGGACGAGGAUUCAUCACAGCAACCACAACCAGCUACUCAACAGGCCCCACCACAACAACAAAAUACUCCAGUACCAUCUCAGCAUCAUCAAUACAUGAUGCAGCAUCAGAUGCAGAAUAUGUAUCGUCAUCCUUGUCCCCCCACUCGAAUGCCACUUAGGGGACCUCAUCCUGGGGCUGUUGGUGCUUGUAACUAUCCUCCCCCUUCUGGUUACUCUCCUCCAAACUUUCCACCUUACCAACAGCAACAGGCUUCCUAUCCUGGUGAAAUGCCCCCAAUGUAUCAGCAUCAACCCCCUCAUUAUGGAAGUCACCAGUAUCCUCCUCAGUACCCCCUAAGUAGAGGGGGUUAUCCACCAAAUCAGUCUGCUCCACCUAAUCAACAGCCACCAUCGACUCACCCUAUGGCUCAGCCCCCUCCUAAUCUGAGUCCUCAGUCAGCCUCAUGUUUUUCACGACUUAUGGAAAUGGGUUUUGAACAGGAAAGACGUCAAUGGCUUGAGCAUUAUUUCUUUUUCAUGGAAUCCAUUGAGAAGCCCCUUACUGGCCUGCCACAAGUUGUCAAGCAGCCACUCGAUCUCUAUCGAUUCUAUCAAGCAGUUCGAGAGCGUGGCGGUGUACUGGAAGUUAUUAAAACUAAGAGGUGGAAGGAGAUUAGCCAAUUAUUCAACAUAAACGCCUCCGCAUCUGCCGCUUAUACUCUUCGAAAGAAUUACUGCAAAUAUCUGCUGGACUACGAGUGUCGAUUUGAUCAUGGUCCGGGUGGAGUAGAUGUUCGUGUUGUUUCAGCUCAAAUCGAUACACUCUCUGGAAAGAAAAAGAAGACUUCUGUUGGAUCAAUCGGUGGAUCAGAAAUGAAUGAAUCGUCUACUUCGAGUUCAACACCUUUUCCCCCGCCUUCACCUGUUGGAAGCCAGUCUUCAGCGUCGUCAAACUUAAUGCCACCUACAGUUCAGCAGCCACCUAGCAAUGGAGGCAGUGUUUCACAUCAAGGGGGUUCUACUGCUUGUCCAGUUGAGGAUGGAGCUGGUAAAUCUGCUUUAUCUCCUCUAGGAGGGGGUCCCGGUAGUGGGAUGUCUCCUGCUCCUUCAUCAGCAGCUGCGUCCCCUUACCCCCAGCCACCAUCAGCCCCACAUCAGCCUGUGGAACAACAGCAACAACAAUCACCUGGAGGAUACCCUGUACCUCCCCUUGGAUCGCUCCCACCUAGUCAACCUCCUGUGAGUGGUGGUGUACCGCCUUGGAGACCACCUUCAUCACAAUUGAUGGGACAGAACCAACGUCCACCAUUUACUCCUGCACCUCCUGGGUAUCCCCAGCAGUCACGAAUGCCUGGACAGGGUUACGGGAGUGAAAUGGUUGGUGGUCGCCAUCCCUAUCCGCAGGUAACCCCACCCUAUUCUCGGCCUACAACAGGAGGCCAUUUGAUGGCUGCAAUGGAGGGAAUGCGACCUGAGAUGACCGGUCCUGCCGAUAUGCCCCCAAAACCUUCCCAAAUGCUAACUCCAGGAGGCAAUACCGUUCACCAUCCUCCACAAGCUCCAACUAUGGGAUACCAUCAAAGGCCUCAACCCUAUAUGGGCGGAAUGGGGCAACAACAGGGAAAUCAACAGCCUCCACAACCACCUCCUUCAUUCACUGCCCACUAUCAGCCUCGACCACCUUCGGGAAUACCUCCAAGACAUCCAAUGCCACCUUUUAAUACUGGAGGAUAUCCUGGGGGGUCCGGAUUUACUCCUCAGCCCCCACCAAACACUGCUCUCGUGCCUCCACAGCAGCAGCAACUCCCACCACAACAACAGGCUCAGCCACCAAAUCAACAGCACCAGGCCCCUCCCAGGCUGCAUCAUUAUUCUUCUGGACCUCCUUCAGGUGGACCCUUGGUGCCACCGCAACAGACUCAAAGUCAACCUCAUAUCCCUUCUCCGCAUCCCGGAAUGAUGCCUCAACAGCGUCCUGGUCCCGCCUAUGUUCCGAAUCCAAAUGCUGCCUACUGGAGACGCCUCGAAGUCGCUCAACUAUUCCCGCCUGGUUGUGUUGAAGCCACACAAAUCGAUACUAGCCGUCGAAAGCGACAUAGGAUAAAGGACUUAGGAAAUCUGACUGCAACUAAACUGGUGAUGGCGUUAAAGUCGGGUUUACCGGCUGAGACAACUUGGGCCUUGAAUGCACUGAAUGUAAUUCUUCGCGACGAGCCAAACAUUCUGGAAGCCUACUUUUCUCCUCCCCAGCAACCACUAUUUGCAAUUAAUACUAAUGCACCCACACUAACAACUCUGGUCACUUCGCUCACUGAUCAUCUUCGCCAUGCUGCUAAUGAGCUCUUCCCCCAUCAUCGCCUCAUUUCCGAAUUGGAAUUACCGUUGCAUCUUGACGCUGAGACAGAUAAGCCCUACAUUGAUUCGAAAGAUCCACCUCCAUUGGAUAUUCAGACAACCUCAUUUAUUCAGGAAAAUAAUCACAUUUUUGUGGAUUUGUUUAGUGAGAUUGCCGCUAAAAACAAGUUAUCCUCUGCUCCAUCGAAUGGUUUAUUAAAUUUGGAGCGAGAAAUUGCUUUCAUGGCACAUUCAAUGGGGAUUUCUGUGAGUUCCUUACGCGACGCUAUCAAACAACUCCUUCAUGGUAAAAAUUAUCGACUUUUACUCAAAGCUACUCCACCAAAAUUGCCCAAACCUCUUCAAAGUGGUUUUGAUGGGAACCUGGAUAAAGCUGGAAGCGGAAGCCUUGGAAAACGAGGACGCGGAAGGGGUUCGACAUCUCUCCUUGCUGAAUACAUGGCAGCAUUUGAUUCAGUUCAUUCGACAUCUGUUGUUGUGCCUCCAAAGCAUUCAAUCACUCCAACACUCCUAGUGAACAAUUUAUCUGGAUCUGAGGCUCGUACAAACAUCCGAAGGAUCGCUUUAUUAGCACUAGAUGAACUUAUGGAAGGAAAGGAAUCUCCUCCCCCUGUUUUACUUCCUGCAGAUGACGUUGGUGUUGAAUUGACCUCAUUGCCAAGCUCUCCACUUCCUCCUUCCUCAAUGAGAGAGGUUUUCUUGCGUGGUGGUUCGGAUUCUACGGCUUACAUUCUCCCACAUCCAAUUGGUUGUCGUUCAAGCGCUGUGGAUGCUCCCACGAUCAGAAGGAAACGGGUUUUGUUAUCAAAUGAAGCUCCUUCGGAAAAGAAUUCAAAACGAGCACGGUCUCUCUCCUCUUCGUCUCUUCCUGUUCUCUCCCCUCAGAAAUUCGAGGAAAAGAAUGAGACAGAGGCUAUUCUGAAUGCCUCUUCCACUGCUGGUACUGAACCGAAUAAUGUUGAUUUGGAGGAUGACCAGGAUUCAGAAUUGAAUAGUCAUCGAUUGAUGACGGACUCUAGAGGAUACUGUCCACUUCGUGCUAGGUCGGAGAUUAUUCGUCGGGGUGAUUCCGCUCUUUGGCCGGUUGAUGCAGUCUCUGAACGAGCAGAAGGAUUUGCGUUACGAUGUCUUUGUAUUUCCACGGUUCUUCGAAAUCUCUCUUUCCUCCCCUCAUGUGAAAGGGUUCUGGCCAAUCAUAAGGCUCUCCUUGCUUUAGCUGGAAGGUUGUUGACUGUUGCACACACUCAUUUCGACAAUCCUAAUGUGGAUUGGGCUUGUGUGGAAGAUCACGCUAUUCGCUAUGAAUCAAACUCCGCCUGGUGGAUGCCGUGGUUGGAUGAGCUAUGUGAGAAUAUCCUGGUCCUUUUGGUUAACAUUUCGGGUCAUCUUCAAUGUGCUCCUCUUCAUGAAACAAUAAUUAGACCUCUUCUGGAGGGUUUGCUUCACUGGGUGACUUGUCAAACUGCUGCGGCGACUGAUCCCCUACCUGGUCAUCGUAUCAUCUCCCCUUGUCGCCUUGCAUUGGAGGCUCUUAAUAGGUUGUCAGUGAGUGAGUCGAAUGUGGCCAUGUUACUCGCAACGAUGGAUGCUCUCAGUGCUCAACAGCUGUUUGACCGCCUCGCCUCCUGGCUAUCUCUGCCCGAAGAUCAAGUUACACGGGAAUUGGCGUUCUCCACAAUGCACUACCUCUCUGAACCUCCAGCAAACAUCUGUCAACAGCAGGUUGAUGGAAAUAAUGCGUCAACUUACGGACUCUCGAUGAUUGCUGAGGCAAAACCAUGUCCUGUUGCAGGUCUGGUAGCCUUUAUAGAAGUUAUGGAGUCUAAAACACGUAGAGUAAUUGAUCAGUAUGGAGUUCAGAUGCUGCAGGAUACACCGGAGUUGAUGGGUACUUCAUUGGAAUUGCUUCGACGAGCCGGAGCUAUGUUAGAGAGGCUGGCAGCUAACUCCUUUGGAAGGAGUCGGUUUACACCCGAUUUGGAAUUGAGAAUUCUUGGUUUAGCUACAUCGAGAGUGUUAGAUGCCACGGUGGCGCAAUUGCUCUCUGGUUGUCUUCUUAAUCUACCACAAAGGGAUAGUCAUUCUGAGGGCAUCUAUGACCUCAUUCCAAAGAUGCCUUCAGCAGAAAAGGUUGCGGAACUUUUGAAAUCUCUUGAGGAGUCGAAGAAGGAGAUAGGUGAUGCGAAGGAGAAGGAGUGGUCUAGUAAGAAAGAGGAUUGUACCGAAUCGAAAUUGCCGGAGCAAUCGAAAAUUGUGGAUAAUGAGAAUGAAAGUAAGGUGGCAACCUUAAAUGAAACACCGUCGUCUACAAGCAAGAGAGAAGUGGUAGCCGCUGUAUAA